CCACAAUGAAGCUCUACUCUGGAAAUCGAUUGAUGGUACUGUUGGCGGUGACAGUUUGUUGUCUGCUGCUCUUCAUCGCCCCAACGGGAGCUGAUCCACUACCGGGCAAAACUCAACGAACCCUGGGUUACAGGGGAAAUGACAAAAAAGCGACCCCACCGAUGCACUCGCUGGGAUCGGGUGCCAGGAUGGCAAUGACCGGAGGGGGCAUCCUCGGUGGCAUAUUUUCCGCUCUUUAAGUAAAAACACACACACACACAUACACUUGAAAACAAAAUGUACACUGGAAGCUUGAGAGCGAAAGUCGU